UAGCGAAUCAUCGACGGGUGACAUAAUUUAUUUGUCAACGAAUCACUGAAAUACCGAAUUGCAGUCCUUUUAAUAGUCUGUUUUGACAGUAAGCCGGAGGCUAACAACUACAUUUAGACCUAAACAACUGAAGGCUUUUUCAACCAAGGUCAAACCUUUUAAGAAGGCUAAUCAAGGUAAAGGGCCGCAACUCUAACAAGGAUGGUAGGCUUUCCAGUACUUCCCAGAUGCUAUGUCUUCGCAUUGGGGAUCUUUGCUGCUUUUCCAAGUCAUUCUAGAGGUAAAACGUUACCUUGUAUUGCACACUAUGUUUUUAAUAGCCAGGUUCAUUAUUUUGGAACAUAUUUCGAGCUCAUUCCUCAAGCUUACAUCUUUGUGUCCUCGUUUCUCUUGAAAAGCUUUCAGCCAAGGAUCGAUUGGUGGCCUGUUUUAUGUCAACUUCAUGAUCGAUCAAUUUUCCUACCUGAAUAUCACAAGUAUUGGACGGAAUCUUAUUCAAGACGAAAACGAUUGUGGGUACGCCUGUCUAGAAAUUCCAUCGUGUUUUUCUUACAACGUGGCUGCCUUCCCUGAUGUCAACAACAAACGUCUGUGCGAACUCCUGCCAUCGGACAAGCAUAACAACUCAGACAAGUUCAACGCCAGCAAAGAGUUUCAUCACUUCUUUAUUCCGGUGAGUCAAACUUCUAAAUGAUGAAAAGUGUUUCGUUCUAUAACCCUUUCGCUGCCAAAUGUGGCAAAAUGCGACAAGAAUUUCCAAAUUUCGUUUUGUAAAAUGCUGAAAAUACGAAUAGUGCCAUGUGAAAGUACAGACAGGGAGGUUUCAUUUAAAUGGUAACUUCACAGAAUUUUGUCCACAGGUUACAAAACUCCAUCAUUCCCUCUGACAGUGAGAGAGUUUUAAGAAUAAAUGCUCAAUAAUCGUCUCCCCUUAUCGGGCUUUUCAGGGUUAAUGAAACAAAUGCUAAUUCAAAGGAAACGUAACAUGGUUAAGAAUCCCAACUGGUAGGUGGCGAACCCAUUUGGCUACUUAAAAAAAAAAUGGGCUAAGCAUUUGAACACUGGACUAACGAGAACAAUCAAGCAAGUAGACAGGGUGGUACUUGAACUCGGGGCCUCCCCAUUACAUGUCCAGUUAAACCACUCAACCACGCUGCCUUUCCCGUUUCGUGGGAACACUGUGUAGAUAUUAUUCUAAUUUCCCUGCAUAGCUAGUUAUGGGCUUCGGAUGACCGAAUUCUGGAAGGGGAGAAGGCACUCAGAAUUCUCUUUACUUCCAAUACGAAAGACAAAAAAAACAAAACAAAACAAGAGAGUGAGCUGUCUGGAACUAUAUGUAUCUAAAAGACACCUUAGUAAUUUCUAUUUGUAAAAUUAACGCUAGUGAAAUGUUACACCUGCGAACUGCCAGCUUCCAAUGCCCAGCCAUGCUUCUUCAGUUCGUUAAACAGAAAUUUGGAUGACCCGAUUAAGUUUAUGAGGCAGACUGGUUCAAACUUGAUCUCUCCACUGAAAUACAGUUUUCUCCAUUAAAAAGCGUUCGAUAGUUCGCUUAAACACAUUUGGUUAAAUAAUAGAUUAUUAUUAUUAUUGUAUUUUAUUUUCGGUAACAAGAUAUUUUGAACAAUCAGUAUCGAGUCUGAAAUUUGCGAAAUUUUGCUUUAAGAAUAAACCCGGGGUUGAAAUUUUGAAAAAGAUAUACUUUUUGUGUGUUAAAAACUCUGUUAACUAGACACAAUUAUGCUAUAACAGCAUAAGCUAUAAUUUAAGAUUUUCCGCCUAAAAUCGGGAAAAAAAAAUUAUUCGACCUGGGCUGGAAAAACGACAUUUUAUUUAAAUAAAAAAUAGUGAUGUAAACUCAAUGACACCCCCCCCCUCCCCCCAAUGUUGGCGAUGCCCUCGACAUUAAGACUUUCCCUUUAUGCUACUCUACAUGGGCCCGGUUGCAUAAAACGUCCGUAACAACUACGGGUAUACGUACGUGCACUCGUAACUUAAGUCAGUUGCAUGAAAUCACUUAAGUGGUCCACUCAGGGAAUUCACUUAAGUGGUUGCACUUACGAUUUGCGUAAGUGUUCACUUAAGUGUCGUUUAUGCAACAGAAAUUGGGAGUGUUGCAUAAAACUUGUUUUACGGGAAAAAUAGCACGUAAAUUUACGGACCCUAUGUAGGUCUCGUAUCGUUACUGUUUUUACUAAAGUUAACGAGAUCUUUUACUGAGAAGUGACAUAAACGACAUUGACCUGACUGGGAAAAUUUUAGUGUUUUUGAUGGUCGCUUAUUGGAGGUGGUCGCUUACGAGAGGUGAUAGCACAUGGAGGCUUGAUUGUGUAAUAUUUUCGAUUGUGAAGUAAAAGAAAACCUUGAAUCUUGCCUCCAUUUCUACAUAUAAAACCUUCAGUUGUUUAUAAAGCACGUAAAAUCUCUACACGAAAGUUGAAUAAAUCCACCUGCACAUGUAAAUGAGAUCCUUGCUAAGUGAUGUAAAACUUGUUGUUUGUUGUUCUUAAUGAACGAAAUGUCAUUACGGCUGCAUCGACACGAUCGUCGAAUAUGUUUGUAGUUAGCCGAUGUCUGAUAAAAAUUCAGCGAACUUGCAUUUCAAAACCUUGUAGAUUAACAGCUAGAAGACUGGAUUCAAUUCAGAGUUAUUAACCUCUUCUCAAAAAAAACAAAACAAAAACAAUCAAUGAAAUCAGGUGCUCUUGUUUGCGUUAGCUACAUUAACUAAGACCAGCUGGGCCCGGUUACAUAAAAUCUGCACUUAAGUGCUCACUUAAGUAGGUCACUUACGAAUCUGUUAUGGUUACGUUAUGGUUACAUGGAACGCACUCAACACUCUCGUAAGUUCCAGUUUUACGUGGAAACUUACGGCACAUGUAACUUUGAUAUAUUACUUUAUGAAUGACUCACUCUUACUUUUUUUUUUUGAGCUAACAAUCGGUGAGUGUAAAGAAAGUGUCUAGUCGUUUUGAACACUUUUUAAGCCUCUAAAAAAAAACAAAAUUUGUAUGCAAUCAUUAUUUUACUUCAAUAUCUACUGAAAAUGAUAGUUCGUCUUCUUUUUUCUAAUCGUCGGCUUUUAAGUGUACAUCAGAGGUUAACCCAUUCGCUCCUGGAGAUUUUGCCGAAAAACGCGUUUUGAAGCUAGUCGAGUGGUUUUCUGGUCACUGUCGUGCUAUAAAGAGCUAAAACUUACCACAAACCGGUUUACAGGUCGUACACUUGGCGGCCUUCUGAUCCAGAAGGGCAUGCGCAGAAAGCUUUUCGCUUUUCUUGCCUCAUUUUUUUUUUCUCUUGCUGGGCAUUUAGUAGGCUUCAUUUUGGUGGGAAGAGUUUUUAGGAAAGCUUUGAGGAUCUUAGGAUUAGGUGAAAGGAAAGGUAGGUGGGUAAUGGAACAAGAUUUUCAUGGAGAUUUUCAGGUCAAUGUCACUUGGUUUUUUGCUUCUUUCUCCGGUGUCCUUGACUGAAUUGUGCUGAUUCUGGUAUGGUUUGAAAGAUCUCUUCACUCUGCACAAGUUAGCGAAGAAAGUUGUCCUUGACCGUUAAAACUGAUGACGUCACAAAGGGUAGAAAGGACCUGGAUUCGCACGGGCGGUUACGGGCGGUUCAGGGGGGAAUGGGUUAACAAAGCGCAUUAGAACGAAUUACGUGAAUUACGUGAAUUACGGGCUUUGGAAUCCGGAAUACCGCUUGAGAAAUCUGGAAUCUCACUAACGAUUGGAAUCCAGAAUCGAAGUUCCAGUGACAAAGACUGGAACCUAGUACCUGGAAUCCGGAAUCCAAGGCGUGGAUUCCAGAAUCCACGACUGUCUCGGAUUCCCUAGUCUGAGUCGCAGACGUAAUUUAACCGCAGUUAGUAAUGUCUGCAAAGCAGCGCUGAAAUCCUUAUUCUGGGCCCCCAACGGACUCAACGAAUUAACGGAAGUGUGUUUGGAAUUUCCUUUCAAUCUGAUUGGCAAAUCUACAAUGGUAGAUACUCAAAUCCUGGUACACAGGUGGAGGCCUAGCUAGAACUGUUUAGCAGACGGACUUAGCCAAAGUUUAGUUUUGACUGUGACGCAGGCAAAGAUUCCCUUACAUAGGGCGAUCCUAGCCUGUGUAACAGGCGGUAAUUUUGGUUUGUUUUUCGUUGAGUUUCCUUUACGAAAGAGCUCAAAAGAGAAAAUGAAGGGGGCCAGAAAAAAAGGCAAAGAGAACAUCGUUUUCUUGUGUGACUUCUGUUUUGCUUUUACGCUGCGCAAGUUUAGUAAAUGCUACUAAACUUAACCCUCGGACGUACACGCAAAUUCAUACCCCCAGCGUGGUACAACGGUUGGGGGCGGGGGCAGUUUUUGAUAUGUUGCAGUAUUUCGAAACGAUUUUACCUUUAGUGGAAAGCCUUUGAUCUUCUUAACAAGAUGAGGUAUAUUUUAUGAGUGGUGGCGCUACUUGACCACCUGCUACUUAUGACGUAAUAUCUCUAAACCAUAGCAACUGACCAUCACUGAACUUGUCUCAAAAUGUGCGCGAGCGAUGAACGAACAACUACUGAAAACGUCAGGUCCGAGGGUUACCUUGGAGCUCAACUUGGUCAAUGAAAGUCGAUUGCUCAAUUUCCGUCUAUUUUUUUUUAACGGGGAUGGGCCACUAACCCCAUGACGUAACUCCUGGAGGGCCAGGCGUGGCAAUUUAUCUUGCCUAUUUUCACCCAAAAGCUACCCAUCACGGUUGAACCCACCAGGAACCAAAUUACAAGGUCCCCACUAGUAUUAUCAAGGCACACAAAACUCCCCGCCACGUCAGUUUGUUUUGCGUCGCGUUAAUUGAUAUUUUGACUUUGCCAUUCAAUGGUCGUUACUAAGAGCUAUAUGCUUUCCUCUGUGUAGUCUUCGUGCGACAAGUCACCCUGUAAGAGUGCUGGUAAAUGCAUUCCCUCGUACCAGGACAAUGGAUAUAAGUGUAUCUGCGUGAAAGGAUUCACCGGAAAAAACUGCGAAACGAGUAAGAAUUACUAUUAGUUGAAACAAUGUUGCCAGUAAUUAACAAUUAAAGAAGUCUUUUAGUGUGUUCUGUUCUGUUGUAAAGCACGUAGUAAGCGGUUAGAGCACAAAAGAAGUGUAGGGGUAAACACCAGACGUAGUCGAGUGUGUUUCUCUCCUCCCUGAGUGCUCUAGCCGCUUCCAAGGUAGUUUACAACUAAACAGGGUGACAAAAAAAUUAGUUUUAGCGUCAGUAUACACUUAAACGUGUUUAUUUCUGCAUUGUCUUUUUUUAUAUCCUAAUAUUGAAUUGGGGGGACGGUGAUAUUUAGUGAAAGAGAAACCAUCUUUUUUGAACAUUUAAACAAACUGCUGUUGAGUUGUACAACCCGCUUCCCACUUUGUCCGAGACUGUUGGCUAAACAUUAUAAAGCUUUUGUAAUUAAAAUUUUAGGUAUUUUCAUUGGCUUCUAAUCACAGUUACAAGAACAAACUGGGGGUUUAACAGCCCAUUGUAAUAAAAAAAAAAUAGUGGGCGAAUACGUUUGACGCUGAACUUUGCCAGACAUUUUAUAACCUAGAAUUACAAUUUCCAUGAGAGGUUACCAAACACAUAAUUGGUGAUGAAUUAGUUUAUAGACAGAUUUCUCCAGGUAACUUUAGAACAACUAGUUUACAUUUUCUGUCUACAGUUCAAAAUUAUACGGAUAAAAUAAUGCAAAUUUUUACAACGCGCUAUAACUUAGAAUUUCGCAAAUCGACUCUCAUUACUAGGCCCCAAUCUAUCAAAAAAUCGAAAAAAAUCUCUGGGCAAACGAUCUUAAGCGGCCCGCAAGACCUCGAGUUAAACCCUAAUUUUGCGAAAAAUCGCCUUAUUACAGUGAUUAAAAAUGCGUUACACCGUCUGUCACGCCAGCGGUGUUAACAACAGAUACACUUUAAACAUUCUAUUCAACGUUGAUCACAUGCCAAAUUCCAGCAUACAAUCUAUAUUACAUCUUUCAAUAAACUUAUCUUAUUUAGAAGAGUCAUUUUGUUUCGAUACAAUAGAUAGUGCAGAAUUGCCCAAAGGUCGGCUUUUUUGAGCGACGUGCCCAAAAGAAAAAAACAGACUUUAAACAAGUAGAGUGGUGUGUUUUAUUUAUGUAAGCAUCCGUCAAAAGGCAUAAAUACGUUAAAUUUAAGACGGAGACAACCAAUAUUAACUAAUUAGAAAUUAACUUUCUUUUUUCUUGCGAGGUAGGUUUCUCUUUCAAGUAAUUAUGCAUAUUGUUGGUUUUCACAUGACGUCACUAAAAUUCAAACUUCAAAACUAUCGAUCCUACUGAGAUUUUACUUUCAUGAUGUAUUAGGGCAGCUGAAAAAUAAUUUUCAUACAAAUUUUCGCUUCAAAAGGGCUCUUGGUUUUGUGGUAGAGUACGCUUGAAUUUCUAAGGUACUGCGUGACGCGCAUUUACAUGACGGCCGAGAGAGCUGUCACGUAGGUUAAAAAAGUGACGUAUUUCGGGGAAUUUUGCUAUCUAAACAGUUCAUGUAUUAGAAAAAGUAUUACUUUAAUGUUUAUGAGUUCCUCGAGGAAUAAAUUCACGCUUUUGUACCAAAACUCGGUAACAGAUGUUUUUGUUGGUUUCCGUCCGCCAUGUUGGUGCCCAUCCAGGUGGGCACCAGCAUGGCGUCUCCAUACAAAUCUCUAUAAAUUUGGGUAAAACAUUUCUUCGGAUAUCUCGUAUACGGAAUAUUCUUCUGGCCUGAAUCUUGGCGAGGGUCUUUGUAUAUUUACCUCCUUUUAUUUCCCAGAUUUCGGACUUUAUCUAUUGAACGGUUUUGAUUUUUAUUUUGGUCUAUUUUGAAUGGCGUGACAAUGAAAACCAGCAAUACGGUAAGUAUACAUGUACCUUUCUGAAUGUAUUACUAUCACACUUAUAAAUGCACUUUGUAAGAAACGUUUCAGAAAAUAUUUUAACUCGUCUCGAUCGACGAUGAAACACCAUCAACAAAAAAGAGCUCCGUCAGCACAACAGAAAGUAGAAAAAAAGUGGUUUUUACUGAUGCUAAAGCAGGAAUAGUUGCAGCGUGAGUAUGAGCUUUUAAAAUGUCAGCUGCUCCUAAAUGGACAUCUAUAGAUGCCUUGCAUCGGCAUUGGAAAAAACUGUCUGGCCCAUGCGCUAUGAACUAGCCUGUUCAAGGCGUAGUGGACAGUGGCGCGAAAUGGAGAACGGAGGAAAACAAACGUGGAAGAGCUUAGAAGAGCGUAAGAGGGAGAGAGUAGGUAACCUCCCACGCAUUCGUUUUAGGGGAACUCGUUUUUCAUGUGGGGGGGGGGGAGGAGGAAAAGAUGUUCUUUCGCCCUCUCUCCCUAACCCCGCCCCUUCGCCAUUUUUUCUGGCUCACUUUUCUUUGCGUUUUCCCAACUAUCUGAAGACCUGUUACAGGUUAACUACGUGCAUUCAUCAUUUCCAAUUUUUAAUGGUAUAUAUUCAACUUGAGCGUCGAGCACUUUUGGCGCUUUGUUAUUAAUCAGCAGGGACGGAUUUGGUAGAACUAACUUUUCAACGGCUUUUAAUUAGACUGCGAAACUGUCGGGGUUUUUUUGUUUUGUUUUGUUUUGUUUUUUUAAUUUUAUUUUUUUCCAGUUUCUGUCGAAGUUUUAUACGUAAUUUUCGUUUCUCUCCCUAGUUUCCCCCCCCCCAUGAAACUUAGACACUCAUGGUACCCUCUAAAAUGUCUUUCCCCAUGCAAUAUAAUACUAGGGAUAAGCCCCUUGGAAGGCACUUAUUAAAAUGGAUAUGCCGCUGAGGCGUUCAAACCCUGACUCUAUUUAAGACAAAAACUAGUCAUUUCAUUACCAUGUUCAAGACGCUUGGAAUUGUAUAGCCUUUUUAAGAAUCAAGGCUUCCAAAACCUUACCUUUCCGCACUGAUUUAAAUGCUAUUUUGCGCCUCAUAAAUAAUAAAUAAUAAAUUAUUAUUAUCAUUAUAUUACCUUUGUCUUUGUCACAAAACCGAAUGAGACUGAGAGCCUUAGUCUACUUUCCGUAAGUACCGUGUAGAUCUCCGGAAGAAUUGUUUGCAGGCAGCCCUAGUCAAAACCCUAAGAGACUUCGCCUGCCGCUGGUGAAUAGGAAGGCCAUUUCCAAAGAACUGCUCCAGAAAAACUAUUUUUUUAAACAUUUGUCUGGGGUAGAGGAAUAGCGAGUUUGCUGUUGGUGUCUCUUAAAAAGUAAUUAGAGAUAUUGCAACGAUCUGUCAUUGCUACGAUCUACUAUGAUACAAAAUGUAUAUAACGCAUAUUCUGCGAUACACCCGCCUCUCACCGCUCUUUGACGAAAUGUCCCUAGCGGCAGAUAGCAAUGAGAGGAAGCUGUAUCGCAGGCUUUUGGACACAAGGCUUUUCCUUCACGGGUAAACUGGUCGCUUCACGGUUUAGGCAAAUGGUGAACAGAAUUAACGAAAAACGGCCGCAAAAGCCUGAAACUCAGAUAUUCAAAAAAGGUUUGAAGACAUGAAAUCCGAAUUUCUGUCUGGAAUUUUCCAACCAGGAAAAUAGGAAUGCCUUUUCAUACGUUCCAUUUGUUUCAAACGUCGAAAGCAACCCGAAACUGAGUUAAUAGUAAGCCUGGCAAAGCACCAAAGUGUCUUCUUGGUUUGUUUUAAUGGGUCAUAUAUAGAGUCAGUAGCUUGAUGAUUCAUACACGUUGUCAUACAAGUAUGUAGGCUCCUCUUUGGCAUCCACGUAGCUUUUUCAGUUUUGAGAGCCCGCAAAUUAAGGGUAAAAACUUCGUUGAACUAUUGCACCAAUACUUAGUCGAAAAUAUUUAAUUGCUUCAAGGAAACUAGUUUUUAAAAACCAAAUGGCAUUGUUUGGCGAUGAUUUAAUUAGUAAAUAUCCCGCAAUGCAAAAAUUCAUUCAGUAAACGGUUUUCGUUUAGAUUUUUUCUGUUUAUAUACCAUUUUUGAGGGAAAUCGCUAGUCUGAAACUGAACAUGAAAGUGUGUGACGCUAUCCCCGGGACGCUACAUGUUGUAUCUGAAGAAAAUACUGCAAUCAAUAAGAAUAAUAGAAUUAUUGAAAGAUUUAAUUUCGAACUGGCUUUUAAUCUGCCUUUAGUAAAUUGUUUAAAGCGUAUCUAUAUGUAACACUGCCGUGACGGCCCGUGUCACGCUAUUUUUAACCAUGCAAAUGUCGCGAUUUUUCCCAAAAUUAGGGUUGAACUCGAGGUCUUGCGGGCUACUUAAAAUCGUUUGCCUAGAGAUUUGUUUCGAUUUCCUAUAGACUGGGGCCUAGUAAUGCCGUAGGGAGUUAAUUUGCUAAAUUCUAAGUAAUAGCGCGCGGUUAAAAUUUGCAUUAUUUUAUCCCCAUAAUUUUCGACGGUAAAAAUUGCCAAUAGGGCCUAUUUUUAACAAUACCUUGUUGGCCACAUAAAUAUUCCCGCUUUCACAGAUGUAUCGUUUUAUAAGGAAGAAAGGGUCAUAAAACUAUUCGCUGCUCUUCAAAGACUGCCAAGUCGUUGUAGUUUGACGUACGACGUCAAUGAAAUUUGUGUAAAAUUUCGCUUUACCGGAAGUGGAUGUUGAACUCCGAACGGACAAAAUGAGUUUUCUCGAAUUGUAAGAAAAGAACACGUUAUUUGGGAAAACUAACUACAGCAUGUUUCAUUUCUCAUUAAGGGUUGUCGAUGAGCCAAAAAUGAACGAAAUCAAAUUAUGAGCUUGUGCCGAGCGUGGGUCGAUAUUUACGGAAAGCCGCUCUUAAAUUGUUCUUUGUUGUUUUUAUUAAUUUUGCCUUUUAGAGAAAAUCGACGCGCUGUGUAGCCGGUAUGAGCAAUAUUUAUUACUGUUGUCUACGAUGUACAUGUACAUUGAUUCAUUGGAAAGAAGAGCUACCGAAUUUUAAUUUCAUGAAUACGUGACUCCUUCACAGUAAAAAGAGUUACAUGUACUUUUCUACCUUAUUUGUCGAUAUAUUCUAGUUGUUUUUUUAGUAUAAUUGCUUGAUAACAAAGAUUUUCAUUUUUUUUUUCUUGUGAAGAUUACUCUAUUCGAUUCCACUUUCUUGAGAAAGUUCAAGAACUUCCAACCCGAGGAGCAGUAGAUGUGGAACAUUUCACCAUUGACGGAAGUUUGUUUCUUGCUUUUGCGAACUAUCAUGGGGACAUUAAAAAAUACAAGACAGGUUCCACGAUCUACAAGAUGGAUAACUCGACUGGAAGAUUGUCUUUGUACCAGACCCUGCAGACAAUAGGAGUGUAUGACCUGGAGUACUUUUCUAUUUCUAACAAACAUUUUCUUGCUGUCGCUAAUCAUUGGGAUGGAACAUACCGGCUGGACUCUACAGUCUACCAAUGGAAUGGAACGCUGUUUGUCGACUUUCAGAAGUUGUCAACAAACGGAGCAAAUCACUUCACGUACUUCAAGAUGUACGGGGAGAAGUACCUCGCAGUAGCCAACUACCAUGACGGACGUACCAACUCCACAAAGUCAGUUAUCUACAAAUGGAGCAGCGGCAAGUUUAACAGAUUUCAGGACAUGUCAACUGAAGGUACCUUGGGAUGUACGGCGUUUGUGAUAAACGGUGACACAUUCAUCGCUUUUGCAAACUAUUACAACUCCCAACACAAGCAUUCUGUUCAGUCCACUGUGUUUAAAUGGUCAGGAGGUCACUUUGUUAAGCUGCAGUCUCUUCAGACUUACGGAGCAUACGAUGUCAAGUCUUUUAACAUCAACGGUCACACGUUUCUCGCUUUUGCCAACCACUACUCUGGAAGUAAGCACAACACCGAUUCUUUCAUUUACAAGUGGAAUGGUAAGAAGUUUGUCCUGUUCCAGUCCAUUCCUACUCGAGGAGCCAUCGCAUGGACUCCAUUUGUGAUCAGCGCUCAAACCUACCUUGGUGUGGCUAAUCACUAUGGUGACAGUCAGAAGCAUAACACCAAGUCAGUUGUGUACCAGGCCUCUGGAGUGCAGUUCAUCAAGUACCAAGAGAUUCCAACCCACGGUGCUUUUGGUAUGACGUCAUUUGAGUACAAAGGUCACACUUACCUUGCAGUGGCAAACUACUACAAUGGCCAGAAGCACAACGUAAACAGCGCCCUGUACAAGUGGGUAUAG